AUAGGUCCGCCAUUGGACAUGGAGAUCGACCGUGAUCCCAGCAGCGUUGAGCAGGGCCAGUCAACCCCCACGCCCUUAGUGCAAGGCGACUCAAGCCCGCGGUCCUGUUGGGCUAAUUGGCGGCGAUGGGUCCGCCCCGCCUUUUACGUGGCGUACGCUCUUCUCGUUAUUGCUACCAUCCCGCUGAUAAUUCUCGACCUCGUCCAUGCCAAAAAGCAGAAUAUUCAGGUCACGCUGGCUGCUGUUGGGUUCUUCGCUAUGGUCAUCUGUAUACCGAUAUCGCUAUGGGGUAUAAUCAAUCACAUCGUAUGCUACACGAGACCAGACCUCCAGAAGUACAUUAUCAGGAUAUUAUGGAUUGUACCAAUCUACGAGGUAAACUGUUGGUUUGCCCUGCGUUUUCCAGCAGCGGAGAUAUAUUUGGACACACUUCGCCAGCUCUACCAGGCCUACGUCAUCUACAAUUACGUCUUCUAUCUUUUGACAUUCUUCGAGGAGGUGCCGAAUUUCAAGGAGCGACUGCUCGCUAAACCUCUGAUCAAGUCCCCAGCACCAUGCUGCUGUGUCAAAGCGGUACCCAAUCAAAGGAUAAUCAACCGAUGCAGGAACGGUGUUCUGAACUAUACGGUCAUCCGAAUUAUCUUUUCAGGGAUUUCAUUAGUCACCGAUCUUCUUGGCAAGUUCGAGGAAGGAAACUAUUCACCCAAUUUUGCCUACCUAUGGGUGACAAUUUGUGUCACUAUUUCGCAGAUUUGGGCUAUCUUCUGCAUGGUUCUCCUCCGCAAGGCUACUCUACAAGAGCUCGAGAUGCUGCCCCGCUCAACGGCUCAAUUCGUUGGAAUACAGAUGGUGAUCUUCGUUAGUAACUUCCAGUCUGUCAUCCUCAAUCUCCUGGCCCAGUUCGGGGUCUUCGAGAGAUUCGAGGAUCCUUUUGCCUUUGCAACUAUGCUACAGGAUUUUCUGAUCUGCCUUGAGAUGGUCUUAGGCGCCGCUGUUUUCUCCUAUUCGUUCGACUAUCAGCGCUAUAACACCGACAGCGAGCAUAAGAUGAUACUGUCCAAGUCCUUCAAGCACAUGUUGAAUGUGUCUGAUGUCAAGAACAACAUUAUGGACCACCUCAGAUUUGGAGGACAUACCUUCCAGAGGAAUCAUAGCGAAGCCGCAGCCUGGGCAGAGCAACUCUCGCCCAGCACUCCUGAUUCUCCUACAUCCAUACAAGACUUUUUCCCACCGCGAGAUGCGGUUCUGAGACCUCGGAUCAAGACAUCUAGGAAACAGAAGCUCACCUGUCAGCCUGAUAUCGUCCUGAAUCAACAGGGCCGCCCAGACUCCCCAGUCGACGAGAUGCAUACUCCUGACGAGCAAAGCGGCAGGAAAAAACAAGACGGUGCUCUUCAAAAUCGCGGAUUUGAAUAUCCAGAGGAUCAACAAGUUUUGGAUCCCCAAGAGGAUGAUGUAAGCGGUGAUAUGGACGACCUGAUUGGUGAGGAGUUUCCCGUCGACGAUGAUGACAGCGACGAAGACAGUCAUCUACCCGUCGAUGCGCGGUUGGACAAACCCCCUGCCGCUCCACACCACAGACGGGUCAAAAAGGUCAGCUUCUCUGGGAUGAAUUUUGACGACAUGGACGUCGACCACAUCAAAAACCACCGAUCCCCGACAAUGGAUUCCGACUCUUUUGUUACCAAGGAAACGGAGAAGGGUACCACUGAGGGUAGUGAAGGAUUCGGUAGCUCGGAGGCGUAGAGCUCACAGGAUGCAUGACGCAGGGUCACGCGGCACGGCAUAGUGAACACCCGAGCGGCCUAGCCUACACUCUGUCACAGUUACGUUCAGUUUCGGCUGAUGGAUAUACACGUACAUGUAGUAGAGUUGGUGUCUAGGCCAAAAUAGUUCAUCCGUGAUCACCAGCAGUCCUUAAAAUCAAUAAAGUAUGGAAGAAGGAACACCUGAAAACUGAGAUGAGCCAAGCGAAGAAGGUGACCAAAAUUAAAGCGAUCCGAACACAAGUGGAGGCAUCCGAGUUUACCUCAGAUGGGCCCUCGCCGCUUUUUACACUUGUACAUAAUAAAUAGGUACAGUAAUUGGAUUUUUUUCAAGCAGCAAGAAAUUGAAACUUGACCUGAAAAUGUUGGUCGCACCACUCAGUGUAUUGUUUACUGUCUUUCGCAAUGACUCCUGAAUCUCUUAGUUGGCUGAUAUGAGAAAAUUGAUAUUUAUGGUCGACAAAAUGCCUAUUUCAGCUAGUGUGCAAGCAAGUUGGUGAGACAGCGCACUUCUUUGCAGGCACUUGGACCAAUCACUGAGGGCCAACGAUACAGCCAAGAGGUAUAAUUAAAUUGAUUGUAAUCUAAAAUCACUGCAGAUACUUUACCUGUGUGUUAUUGAAAUUAAAUUUAAAUGUAAAAAUGUAUUCCUUAUUCUAAGCAUUCGGAUGUUAUUUCUGUUAAGCAAAAUGUUGAAAUUAGAAGGGUUAACUAAAUUGACGUUAAGAGUGUACCGUUUUCCUUUGUGCGAAAUAAGUUUGUUUUUAUUGCUUUUUUUCUUUUGUUUUCGAGCAUUUUGAGAACGGUAUACAAGUAAACAACAGUCAAUCUGUAGGCAGCCGGUCUAUAUAGAGACCAUGUACAUUUCAAUUUGAAGUGAAUAAACAGUGACAAACUGGACUAC